AUGUCCGAAUCUACUCAAACCGCCCUUAUAGCCAUCUUUGGUAUCGCCGCUAUCAUCGCGACGAUCGCUGGUUUCCAUGUCCGAGAUUCUGUCUGUUUCUCUGCUUGUAGAGGUGUUAUUUUGGCGUGCUCACGAAGCAGUACGUUGACAAGAGGCCCCGAAGUUGACAUUGAAGCCCAAGCCGAAUCAAUGUCGAGUGGGAUUAUUCGGGAUGACGCUGUCUUCGAAUUGCAACCGAUGCUGUCUUUACCACUCUACUAUGAAUCUCCAACGGACGAGGUACGUACAAUGGCGGGGCUCGACAACUAG